CUGGCUAAUCGGAGCAUUGGCGCAAAUCGUAGCGGAGAUCGGAGCAAAGUCGUAGUAGAUGAGGCAUGCUCCGAUUACAAGCCUAUUAACACUGGUGUUUCACAAGGAAGCGUGCUAUCACCAACGCUGUUUCUUCUGCAUAUCAAUGAUAUUUUGCAAACCGGUAACAACAGCACUGGAUAUCGGACAAGGAUUUUUCAGAUCUAUAUCGAUCUGGAAAAUCGAUUAUUUUACUAUAAACAAACGAUUAAACGAUUUCAAUCGACAUGCUUACUUUGUACUAUCACUGUCAUCUCUCACUCUGUUAAAAUUACAUUGGUUGGCGUCGUUUGCUCUUUGUAA